CGGCGUGGGUCUGGCGCUGGGGAACCUGGCGCGUGCGUAGCUGGCCUGUGGUGGCUCCAGGCGCGAGGCGAUGCUGACCCCCGCGUUCGAGCUGAGCCAAGACCGCGACUUCCUCACGGUCGCCAUCCGCGUGCCGCACGCGCGCGCCUCCGAGUUCGACGUGUACUUCGAGGGGGUGGACUUCAAGUUCUACGCCAAGCCCUACUUUCUGAGAUUAACGCUUCCUGGAAGGAUUGUGGAAAAUGGAAGUGAGCAGGGGUCCUAUGAUGUGGAUAAAGGAAUUUUUACCAUUCGAUUGCCCAAGGAAACUCCUGGUCAGCAUUUUGAGGGGCUGAACAUGUUAACUGCUCUUCUGGCACCAAGAAAAUCGAGGUCUGCCAAACCACUUGUGGAAGAAAUAGGUUCUUCUGGAGUUUCUGAGGAAGGAGCUGAUGAUGAGGAUGCAGACUUUGACUGGGAAAUCGAGCAGACUCCCUAUGAAGAGGUCUCAGAAAGCGCUCUACAAUCACAGUGUCACUAUGGAUUUGGAAACCUGCGAGCAGGUGUGGUUCAGCGGUUACAGGAUGAACUGAGCGAGGUUAUUGAUAUUAAGGAUCCAGAUUUCACUCCUGUGACUGAACGAAGGCAGAAACGCCUGGCUGCUGAGCUGGCCAAAUUUGACCCAGAUCAUUAUCUAGCUGACUUCUUUGAAGAUGAGGCAGUCGAACAGAUUUUGAAGUACAAUCCUUGGUGGAAUGAUGCACAUGCAAAAAUGAUGGCCUCUUUGGGAAAGAGCCAAGAACAAGGAGAUGAUGCUGCAUUAGUGUCUUUUUCAGAUGAGGAAAAAUAUCAGCUACGAAAAUUUGUAAAUAAGUCUUACCUGCUGGACAAGACAGCUCACCGUCAAGUGUACUACAGUUUAGUUGACAUCCUUCUGGCCUAUUGCUAUGAAGUACGUGUCACUGAAGGAGAUCACAAUGUCGAGUCUGCGUGGACUAUCAGAAAGCUGAGCCCAACUCUCUGCUGGUUUGAGACUUGGACAGACGUUCCUGAAAUCCUGGUGUCUUUUGGAAGGAGAGUUUUGUGCUAUCCACUUUAUCGUCAUUUCAAGCUGGUGAUGAAAGCCUACAGAGACACCAUAAAGAUACUGCAGCUAGGUAAGAGUGCAGUUUUAAAAUGUCUUCUGGAUGUUCACAAAAUCUUUCAGGAAAAUGACCCAGCCUAUAUUUUGAAUGAUCUCUACAUCUCAGACUACUGUGUAUGGAUUCAGAAGGCCAAGUCCAAAAAGUUGACUGCCCUUGCGGACGCCUUGAAAGCAGUCUCCCUCAGCAAGGCCCAGCUGGGACUGGAGCUGCAAGAACUGGAAGCUGCCGCACUUCUUGUGCAGGAGGAAGAAGCUGCUGGAAAGGCAGCUCCGUGCGGCCCCGGGCAGCCGGCUGCAGGCUCCAGUCCUGAGCCCAGUGACUCGGAUAGCACCACAUCGUCUGACACGGAAGACUCAGCUUCAGAGCAAGAGGAGCUUGUUGGACCUCAGGCCUCACUGCUCACUUCUCUGGAAGCAGACAGCACCCUGCUCAUUCAGGAUAGAGAGCUUUGCAGACACGGGGCCAGCCAGGGGUGUGACAUCAGUCAAGGGCAGACACUGGUCUCUGCCCGGGCUCCUCUGAUAGAGGAAGUUGGAGAAGAUCUGAGGACCGUGCUUCAGGUUUCCACACCUGGUGAUGAUGCUGGGAGCCACAGCUGUAUGCAGGAUGGAGAGGGGAGGGGACAAGAGCCUCGUGAUUGACUCAAUGGUUGGCUCGUUAGUGGCUGCUCUCAUGUAGGCAUGGACUUUCUCAUUUCCACUGUGUACUUUUUCCCUUGUCUAUAGAGGAUAGUGCUUUUUAGUGAGCUAACAGUUAUACCUUUAAUUUUUAUACCUUACAACUUAAAAAAUAAAACCUAAAGGAUUCUUUCCAAGGUGCAAGUAAUAUUUUAAAAUGAAGACCAAAGUUCUACUAGGAAAAGGUCUAGACAGUGAUUCCCAACCUCCCUACUGCUGCGACCCUCAUGUAGUCCUGUGCGUUGUGGUGACCCCAGCCAUGAAACUUUUCUGUUGCUACUUCAUUACUGUAAUUUUGCUACUGUUCUGAAUCGCAGAAUAAAUACCUGAUAUGCAUUCUACCUGCUCUUCAGCCCCAAAGGGGUCGAGACCCAUAGGUUGAGAAGUGCUGCUCUAGCCGUAGCGGCACAGCUGACAGGCAGCACUCACAUUUCAGCUGUGCACUGGGCGAGAUACUAACGUGAGCACACCGGUGAAAUGCUCACUGCGACCAGGGUGGUGAAUUUCCCCCUCAGCUCCAGCUGUCUUUGGACCAUUUGACAUCCUUUCUCCCAGCCAGAUGCCACCCACCUGUGUCCCCUGAGCGACAUCCCGGAGCGCCCACUGAUCUGCUGUGUCAUAGCCCGGUAGCUUGCACUGCCUGCACCGCACAGAAAGCAGAGCAUGCAGUGUGCUCCUUGCUCGGGCUCCUCUCACAUAAUUGCUGAGAUCGAUGUGUGUGCCGUUGUAUGCCGAGUCUCAUGUGUCGUCUUCUCAGUGCGGAGACCGUUUCUUGGGAUGGAUUUGUCCAUUCACCCGCUGUUCAACUUGUGAGUUGCUGCCAGUGUUUGGACUCUGAAUAAAGCCAUGUGAGCAUUUGG